UCUGCGGCUUAUAAAUUCGCCGGCAUAGAGCGAUCCGGGAAAACUGAUAGCGGGCAGCCAGUGACUGACGCUCGUUUGCGUACGUUGCGUCCAGUCGAGAAGCGGUCGGGCCAUGAAGGGGCGCCAAGCGAAUGCGAGCAACUACGCGACGGCGCGCGCCCUGCUCUGGCUUAUCUCGUGCGCGCUGUGUGCUGCGACGCCAUCGGACGACAUGGAGGCCAGAUGUUUCGAGAACGAGGACUGCUAUCAACUGAAGAGAACGAUGGUCUCGGAGGUGACCGCCUCGGUCGACCCAUGCGUGGACGUGCACUCGUACAUGUGCUCGAGGCGCGACAGGAGCGACGAGGGAGUGCCGCUGCAGCGGAGACUGUCGGGCAUGGCAGCUUAUUUAAUCACCACGUUGGACGGACCGCCGCAAGAGGACGACAACGACUUGCUGAAGGUGGAGAAGCAACUGUACAAGUCGUGCAUACAAUUAGGGAACGCGCGCGGCGAGGCGGCGCGCUCGCAACAGCUCAAGACGCAGAUCGAGAAUUUGGGCGGGCUGGCGCUGUGGCAAGACGUCGACUACGUCGCGUUCUCGUCGGCGCUGGGAUCCUCCUUCUUCGAGGUGAAGGUCGGGCCGCACCCGACGGACGAGGCCAGAAGCGCGAUCUUGGUAAUGAAACGCGCCGCCCGGCGAAAUCGACGCGCAGCGCAGGUGCGUACACGCCGCGGUCUGCUCGCAGCUGCAGCCGCCGUCGCUGGCGAGGACGAGGGCUCUGCACGGCCGGGCGAGGAAGGUCGUGGCCUACAAGCAGCAGCAGCGCAGGAGCCGCUACUCCGAGCAGGCGCGCGCGAUCGCGGACCUUUACGGGUUCGUGCGCGAGGGCGUGGAGCACGGCGUGCUUGGGUUCUUCGAGGCGCUGCAGCAGGCCAGACUCGCGUCGACGACGGCCGCGACGAGCCUGCCCGGCCCUGCCCGGCACUACGCGACGCUCGGACAACUGCGCGACGGCGCGGACGCCCCGGCGCAGGUAGGCGAGCAGCGCCCAGCCGCGGCUGGCGCGGGACUGACGCGGGGCUGUCUCGCGCGCAGGUGGGCUGGAUCGAGCUCGUCCGGCGGCUGCUGCAGAGCAGGAACCUCGACCUCGACACGGACGACGUGGUGCUCCAGAGCCCGGCGUACUUCGCGCGCCUGACCGAGCUCCUGCGUGACACGCCCAACGAAGUCGUAGUUGCGGCGAUACAGACGAAGGCGCUCACGGAUAACUUGGCCUACGUGGAUUGGGAGCGUGCGGCUCUGCUGGACAGGAUCGACAGGGUCGACUUCUGCCUGAGGGAGACGAGACUGUACGGCGCCUCGCGCAGGCUAGUUCGCGACUGGCUGAGCAAGGACGACGACCGGCGCGGCUCCUACAGGAUGGGCCAGAGCAUUUUCACGAGUGUCGUGAGCGCCGUUCGACGCGAACUGUCGCUCUACGCGCUCAAGUCCCCGUCGGACGUGCAUUAUUACAAGGCCAAGCUGCUUCGAGCCAUCGAGAAUCUCGACAAGUACGUCUACGACUCCCCGUACAACUUGUACGAAGCGUUGAACAUCACCGGCAAUUACUUCGACGACAUCGUUCAAUACCGGAAGCUGCUGACGAACGAGGAUUUAGAGAGGCUUCGACGAAAUUCGGGAUCCUCGGAGCCCUUCAGUUUCAUUGACCAAGGUGAAGCUCAAAACCGAUUUGUGAUACAAACGUUGAUCAAUACCGCUGAAAUGUUGUCGCCGCACUUGCCAAAAGAGGUUCAUUAUGGGACGUUUGGCGUCAAGACAGCCGCAUUGAUUCACUCGCUGCUGCACGAGGAUACGUACAAUGACGAUUUGGCCAGCGAAAGCACCGAAAAGCUAGUCUAUCCGAAAUACCCGGUGGACGUCAAGUCUUGCGUCAGGCAAAACCUGCGUUUCCACUAUUCCGCCGAUCGAGCCGACGACGUCGUGACGCAGAACUUAGCGGUAAACACGGCGUACGAAGCCUUGACGCGCGAUCAGUACACGAUGUUCCAUGACGUUUCCAACAGCUACUUGAUCUACAACAACAUUACUAGAGACAAGCUGUUUUUCAUGGCGUACGUCAAGGGCAAUUGCGCUCUGGACAGUGCGAUCGUCAACGGGAUUCUGUCGGAUGAUCGCGCGUUCGACAGGGCGUUCCACUGCGAGAUGAACGUUAUUGGUAGCGACAAUACCACGUGCGUAUUGGGAAAAGUGGAUUCUUAACGCGGCAGGCAAGGAAAUCCCGCGGGUCGCCAAAGUAGACAGCCUCCUAUCGUGAAAAUGCGCUUACGCCUUUGUAUAAUAAAAAGCGUGUGCAUCAUUGGUGAAAUGUAUAUGCAAGUACGCAGAUAAAUAAAUCUUGUUUCUUUCGAGCUAGGCACUCAAGUUAA